CUUUAACAGAUUCAGCAUCCACACAUCCAUAGUACUGAACAGGGCAUAAUUGCAGUUUGGGGGCUACUUCCUCAUACAAAUACUAAUGGAGAUGGUUCACCACAAUGCUUACUACGAAGAUCCUUGUGCAAAGGAGUUUGGCAUCAAAAUCAGUGAGAAACUUGCUUCGGUUGAAGCACACAUUUUACCUGCACCUUGGCUUAAAUACCAUGACAUUGGUAGAGAAAAAGAUUGCUUGCCCCAGGUUGGUCAAUGGAAUAUGAUGAACAAGGUUCAAGGGCUCCCUUGUGCCCACAAUUUCCAUAUGGAAUGCAUUGACGAGUGGCUCCGACUGAAUGUGAAGUGCCCCCUGUUGCCGCUACUCUGUCUUCCCUAACCUUGACUUCAGCGCCCUCUCCAACCUCCACACUGACUCUGGGUGUCCCUCUGCUAGUGUUUUGAUAGCCACAUGCUACGUGCACACGCAGCUAGCAGGCCAGAGCUACCUGUUGAGGUUGCAGGGCCUGCUACGCACAAUCCGAAUGGAGAAUGCUGGUGGAGGCAAUGAUGAUGCUGGCCUGGAAGCAGCAGAAGAUGGAUGGGCAGUGUUAUGUCAGGGUCCACUAAGCAUGACAGCACCGGUGAUGAUGGGCGCGGCUAUGACUUUGUAUUAUUUGUAGAACCUAAUGUUAUGUAACAGUUUGAUUGAGUUAAACUUUAAAUAGACUGUUGUUAACUAUUUUGUUGGUACUGUGGCUUUCAUGAUUGAUUGUUUCA